GUUUUUAUUUACUCCGUAACAGAUAUAGAUGAAUCGUCCAGGGGGUACUAUUAUUAUUAUCACUUUUUUCCUCCUCCUGUGUUUUUUAUCCGCCGCCGGCGGCGGCGGCGGCGGCAAGUGGGAGCUACUGCAUGAAAACCUCGGGAUAGUGGCCAUGCAUAUGCAGCUCCUCCGCAACGACAGGGUGGUGAUCUACGACCGCACCGAUUUUGGCCUCUCCAACAUGUCCCUCCCCGCCGGGAAAUGCCGUUUCGACCCCAACGACCGGGUCCUUCCGGUUGACUGUAGCGCCCACUCCGUCGAGUACGAUGUUGCCUCAAACUCCCUGCGGCCGCUCACCGUCACCACCGACGUCUGGUGCUCCUCGGGCUCCGUCGCCCCCAACGGAGCCCUCGUCCAGACCGGCGGGUACAACGACGGUGACCAUGUGGUUAGGGUGUUCCGUCCGUGCGAGGAUGGGCAGUGCGACUGGGAGGAGAUGGGAGGGGGGCUGGUGCAGCGGCGGUGGUACGCCACCAACCACAUCUUGCCGGACGGCCGCCUGAUCGUCAUCGGCGGCCGUCGGGCUUUCAGCUACGAGUUUUACCCGAAAGUAGAAACCGGAGACCAUGCAUAUAGUCUCCGGUUCCUGGUCCAGACCAAUGACCGGUACGAGGAGAACAACUUGUACCCGUUCGUUUUCUUGAACGUCGACGGGAAUCUCUUUGUUUUCGCGAACAACCGGGCAAUCUUGCUCGAUUAUUCAAGGAAUGUCGUGCUGAGGACGUUCCCGGAGAUGCCCGAUGGGCACCCGAGGUGUUACCCGAGCACGGGCUCGGGCGUGCUUUUGCCGCUGAAGAACACUUCAUCCCCGGCGGCCACCAUCACGGCGGAGGUGUUGGUCUGUGGAGGAGCGCCGAGGGGCGCGUACCUCAACGCUCAGAAUGGGAAGUUCUUAGGUGCACUCAACACUUGUGGACGGAUCCGGAUAACCGACCCGAACCCGCAAUGGGAAAUGGAGUCCAUGCCGAUGGCCCGCUUGAUGGGCGACAUGGUCACCCUACCUAGUGAGGAAAUCCUCAUCAUAAACGGGGCCGCGUCCGGGUCCGCUGGAUGGGAAUUCGGGAGGGACCCAGUCUUGAAUCCGGUUCUCUACCGACCCGACCAACCCGUCGGUGCCCGAUUCAUGGUACUGAACCCAUCCCGAAUCCCCAGAAUGUACCACUCGACCGCGAUUUUGAUCCGUGACGGUCGUGUUCUGGUUGGGGGUAGCAACGUUCACGAAGCGUACAACUUCACCAACGUCAUGUUCCCAACAGAGCUGAGAUUAGAAGCGUUUUCGCCUCCAUACCUAGACCCGACGCUCGCGAACAAACGCCCGGUCAUCAUAUCGCCCGCCCCGAAUUCACAAUUCGAGUACGGGAAGCGGUUUUCGGUUCGAUUCAAGCUGGCGGGCGGGGCGGUGAACAAGAAUUUGGUCACGGUCACAAUGGUUGCACCUUCAUUUAACACGCAUUCUUUUUCCAUGAACCAGAGGCUGCUGCUACUUGAUUCUUUGGGUGUAAAACCAAUUGGCAAAAACGGGUACCAAAUCGACGCGGUCAUGCCGGGCUCGGGCAGUCUAGCCCCGUCGGGUUACUAUCUACUCUUUGUGGUGAACCAGGAUAUACCGAGCGAGGGCAUUUGGAUACAUAUUCACUAAGAAAUUUAUACACACAGUCAAUGUAUAUUUUUAUUUUAUCUGUCUUAAUUUAUUGUGCCACUUUGCGGGGACACUUUUACUAAUAAAAUGAAUUUUUUAAUUAAAAUUUAUGUAAAAUAAAUAAAAAUGUUGGGAAUAUAAUCCUAAACUAUACGGAGUAUAUAGAUUAUGUUUUAAAUGAAAAAAUAUAGGUACAAUAAAUUAAAACAAGAUCU